UCACUCCCCCCAGUAUCACACAGGAGCCUAUAGGCAGGCUCAUAUCUCCAUAUUCAUAAACUCUACAUGCAUAUUCACGAGUUCUCCUCCAAUAGCAGAGGGGGUGUUGAUCCAGCAGGGGGCACAGAGAUGAGCGCGGUUUAAAGGCAGUAGUGGCGCGAUCAGGCUGCGCUUCAUCCGGAGGAAGAGGAGCUGCUGGACAGGGGGGAGAAGCGCAGCUCAGACCCGCUCUGGAGCUUCAGGAUCCGGGAUGAUCUGCUGAGACCCAGACCUGCAGCUGCAGCCGAGUGCAGGUUCUCCAUACAACCAGGAGCAGAAGCAGGAUCUUUAGGGGGGAGUUUAUCCUUCAUGCAGCGCGGGACUGAGCUCCUCAUGCCGGGCGAGCGGAGCCGCAAUAAGGAGCUGCUGGAGGCCAGCGUGGCCUGGCUGUGGGAGCUGGAGGAGCUCCGCGAGCGGCAGCAGAGCCUCGUGCUGACCGCGCUGGCGCUGGGGGGCGCGCCGCCGCCGGGGGGAGGCAGCAGCGCCGUGGAUCCAGAGGAGUGGGCUUUCAGGAGGAGACUGAAUCAGCUCCAGGAUGCCCCCGGUGCCCUGAUGCAGGUACUGCAGCAGCAGUUUAAUGAGCUGAGGGUGGACACGUGUGACCAGAGUGCAGAUGAUGACCUGGACAGUCCCUCCAGCUCAGGUUUUUAUGAGCAGAGUGAGACUCAUUCCCCUCCAAGGCGCUCCAGCUCGUCCCCCAGUCUCUCCUUCUCCACUCACAGACCCAGAUCAGUGGAUGCCUACAUGUGGGACUGGGAGAGUCAAAGGGAUCCUCCCCCUCGUGCUGCCAUGCCACGUUCCUUCUCUGCCCCCUACCCUCCUCUAGAGGGCAUCGCAGAGGGCACCGAGGAGGAAGAGGAGGAGGACGAUGUCGAGGAUGGAGCUUUGUGGUCUGAAGACCAAGAGGUGAAUGAAGAUGAUAUGGACCCCAACGUGGAGGAGGAUGAAGGCCCCAGUGAGGAGGUUGACGAGGAUCCCACUGUGGAGGUCGAUCAGGACCUCCUGACUGAGGAGGUUGAUGAGAGCCCUGUUGAGGAGAUAGAUGAGGGCCCCACAACUGAGGACAUCCAGCAGGCCAUGCGGGUGGAGGCCUACAUUUUGAGCCUCCUACAGCGCUGUUCCCUCAACCCAGCUUCCAGCCCUUCCCGAGGACUCAGCUGUACCCCCGACCACUGGGAAAACCUACAUGGAUAUGCAUCCAACACACCCAGCUACUAUGACCCUACACCUGGCCACCCUACACACUGGCAGGAGUGGUCUGCCCUCAAUGAGGAGGAGGAGGAUGGUGGAGAAGAGCCGCAAGAAGGGUACUACAUGCCCCAUCUGAAUGCCCAGGAUGGGGUACCAUCUCUAAGAUGUGAAAAUCCAGAAUCCUCCUUAGAGAUGGAUCAAUAUGGAACUACGGAGAAUUGCUCCAGCAGUAGCGACGUUGACUCGCUUCAGCACCAACGAGGCUACCUGGAGCAUCCUCGUGCAGGGUUAGACCACAGGACAUCAUCACGCUACAUCCAUCCUCGUACAUCUCUGUCUCCACCCUUAACCCCCCAGGCAGCUGACCAAGAGUGGGAAUCUCGACUGUCCAGAUUGCAUCAGCAGGAUAGGUGGGAGUCAGUCGGCGAGCGACGUGACAAGACAACACAACGAUCCCAAUCUGAAGGAAGCUUUCAUCCACAAGGAUGGACCGCCCAACCAGACCAUAGGUACUAUACUGUAGGACGUGAACAGGAGAGGGAAGGACACCAAGUCAGUGAUGACAACUAUCUGUCUAAUCAGCGCCUCUGGAGUUCCUCUGCCGACCUCAGCCAAGAGGAGGAGGAGCCAUUGCCGCUCAGAGAAGAUGAAACUGUGAGCAGAUAUGUCCGCCUACCUGGUAACACCCUACCCCUUUCAGACUCUGGCGUACCUUACAAUGAGCAAAGCCAGCGUUCGAGAAAUAGGGCGAAUGCCAGAGCUUCCCAAGCUGAUGGUUCUGACUCUAGUCUGAGUGAAACAUGCUCUCCAAGGUCCACCAGUUCUGUGUCCAGUGACUCAGACGAGAGCGGGGGCCUCGUCUGGCCUCAGCAGCUGCCUCCACGUUUGCCCACGUCCUCCCAGAAUACACCCAGCACUGUGGUCAAGAUCAAAGCUUCACAUGCACUGAAAAGGAAGAUCAUGCGAUUCCGUUCAGGAUCGCUCAAGGUUAUGACUACUGUCUAGUCAUACAGCUGUCCAACUGUGGAUUUCUAGCCCAUGCCACCCAAUGCCAAAUCACUGAUAAUCUGCUCCAGUGCUUUCUUCAGUGUUUGAUGGUUUAUAGUGGCAAAGAAAAUCGUACAACAUAACAUGUAAUGACCAGUUGGUCAGGGCUGAGAUCUAGAGGCAGUGCAGGCCUUUGAAUCAAAUCUGAAGCAUGUCUUUGUCUUCAGAAACCAUUGGGUGGUUAUAUCAGUCCUGUGACUGUAGUCAUGUAAGGCUAAAAUUGGUCAUCAUUCAGACAUUGGUCAACUUUCAAAUUAGGGUCCUAAUAUAAACACAGCACAAAAAUGAAGGAAAUUUGUGUUUGGUAGAUUAUUUCUUUGUUGUGCUUCUUGGCAGUAAUCUUAUACCAUUGGAAAACUGGCCAGAUCUUCUCUGCCAUUGCCAAAAAGCUUAUUCUGCUGUCACUAUUGACACUUGUUUUGAGCUUCUGGUAGCCAUAGAGGCAGAUAGUCAGGUGUCUGCUCCAAAAAUCGACAUGCCUUUUUCGACUUUCAAGCUGGUGUUCCACAAAACCAAGUUGCACCAUUACUUGGAAUGAGCCCUAGCACCAUCUUCGAAUUGAAUUCCAACUUCCAUAUAACCGCAAAGUAGAUUUCCAAAAUGUUCAUUUUGCACAACCCAUGUACUUAGCUCUGCUGCUCAUUCUACAAAUGCAUGUUCCUUACAAACGCAGCACCAAUUAAAAAGAUAAAUUAACAGACUUUCCAAUGGUAUAUGUAUUGUUACAACAAAUAAGUAAUCUACUAAACCCAAAUUUUCAUACCUUAUUUGCUUUGUUUUAUGUCCCCUUACACUGUUACACUAUUGGCUAUACUGCUGACACCAAUCAGACCAUCGCCAUAGACUGGGGUUGGGCAACAAGGGCUGGAGGUCAGCACAGUUUGCUCAUUUCUCUUCCUCUAAUGCACCAACUAAACUCAAGUGUGUUGAGCAGGAAAAGCACCAAACAGUGCCAAAAUCCAGUCCUCCAGGACCAGGAUUGCCUACCCCUGCCAUCAAACUAUACCCAAUUGCUACAUACACCCAAUUCAUAUCCUUCUAUAAUAUCCUCCUGGUAAAUGCAGCUCAAGGCCAGCUCUGUCUGCUCUUUAAUGUGGUUAAAAUGUAGUUGAAAGCUGAGCUAAAACACUAAAACACAUGAUAUGUUGGUAAGCUAGCUGGCUCUUGACCAGCAUAGGGCAUAAUACAUUGAAUCAUCCUGGUUAACUAGCUUGGUGACGAUGCUCAUGCUGGUCAACCAACAUGGCCAAGCUUGGUCAAACAAGUUUACAAGCUUGGUCAGGUUGAUCAAUUUAAAACAUAUUGGGUGCUGGUCAGGGCAGAAGCUUAACUGGUCAACUAGCUUAACCAGUAUUGUCCAAAAUGCAACAAAUUAAUGAAUUAUUAGAACCAUCUGCCAACUAAAUUAGGAUGUGAUUUGCUUGCUUGGGGCCUGUCAGUUUGCCUACACAAUUCUCAGUAUUCUAGGCCAGUAGUUGUUUUGACAACAGAACCAUUGUCGAUUUCACAGGUAUUAUUUCACAAUUUACUGAUUUCCUGAGCGGACAUUGGUCAUUUUCACACAAAACAUAGACAGGAACACCAAUCCACCAAUUAUAGAUACACCCAAAUUGACCAGUUAGAAACUGUAAGCAGAAGAGAGUUUCUCAACUGUGCUGUAUUAUUGCAAAGAUUUGAAAGUAACAUUUUGAAAGAGUUUGAUGCAUAUGUCAAACUUACUUUUGGAGUACAUUUUUAGAAGGUACAACUUGCGAGAAGGUCAAGGAUGUACAAAAUAAACUGCCAGUUUUGUUUUUACUCAAAAUCUAAAGGUUUUGGCAUCUUCACUACAUCCUACCAAGCUCCUCAGCUUAAUGGACAGUUGCCAAGACCUGGUGUGUGUUGAUUGAUUGAGUCUUCAGAGAGAGAACUGUUCUUCUAACGACUUUUUUGUCUUUUGGCUUUUGUGCUCGCUCUGGGCACUCAUACCUCAGAACCUAAUGGAAGUCUUGGACAGAGAUCCCAUCCUGCUGCUGCUGCCGCCGACUUCAUCCUGUCCUGGGAUGGGCAGAAAGACACUGAAAGACAGACACUACGCUGCACCUUAUUACUGACUUCGCUUUUGAUUUUGUUCACUCGUGGUCUCGUGCUGCUAAAACAGUCUACGUCUCCCUCAGGCUCAUAGCCUAGCCGGAGUACAGCUGUGUGCUGCAUCAACACAGCAAACGCUGAAUUAUCUCUCUCCUCGUGUUGAUUUUAAUCUAACGUGAUUCAUUUAAAUCCUGCAGAGAUCAGAUAAACACGGCAGACGCUAAUGUGACACUGCUAAUUUGACUAUAUAAUUGAAUAAUACUGUGCAAAGAGAGAUUCUCUGCAAAAUGAAUGUUCUUUAAAGCCAGGUUUUAAUGAGGUCUUCACCAAUAUUUUCACACAGUUUUAUUUUUAUUUUUUUUUAUAUAUAUAAAGUGCCUGAAGUAGGCAUUAGGAGCUAAUUAAGUACUUGCUCUAGGCUUUUCCCUAAUUACUGUUUUCUUUUUGCUCUGUCCUACUUCAAACUGGGUUGGUAAACAGUGAUACACUAUAUGUCCAAAUGUUUGUGGACAUUCCUUCUAAUUAUGAAGGCAGUCACUGAUACAAGCUCUAUUCGGACAGGAUUAGAUUUUUAGUGGGUCCUGGGGUAACUUUCUUUUUUGUGGGGGGGUCCUCUGUGAUUUUAUUCCAGUUCUGAUUGACCAUGUACGUGUUUUUCUCAGACGUCCUCUGAAAAAAAAAUUACAGGCUGAAUUAUCUACUGUUUUUCGCUGAACUCUGUGGUCCUCCAGUAAUUUUAAUACCGUCCAGACUCACAUGUCUGAGUUUAAUAAAGUAGCUAAUUGUCCACUGCCACGCAGCGUAAUUACACUUUGGGUGCACAUUUCCACAGAGAUCCACGUAAAAAAAAACACAACAGCGAGUGGAAAUGGAGGAGCUACUGAACAGCGAUGUUUUGUUGCAGAGAAAAGCCAAAAAACUCACUGGUCCUCCUGUUUUUUCAAUUGCAGUCCAGAUGCAAGAGUUUUAUCACUGAGUAGAAGUGUGAAAUACUUUUCACAGACAUCCUCCUGAGAAACUAAUCCCCAACGGAUAGGGCUACAAAUGUGCAAAGGAUUAAUGACACACACAAUCUAGACACACAAAUCUAGACACUUUAGAGAAGUGCAGCCAAUAGAAUAGGACUUUCUGAAGCAGAUAAUAAGCCUAAUGAACCAACUGGCACCAGGCCUAAUACUCAUCAGGCAUGAACUAGAAGAGUAUUAAUCCAGUCACUCCAACAAAAGCAGGAUACACUCUUUUUUAAUACCUAUGAUUUCAGAAGAAACUAUGAUUAUGCAGGUAUAUACAUUUGUCCAUAUAGUGUACUAUACUGUUCAUAUAGUGUCAUAAUAAAAAUACCCUUUUUUUAAGUUUAGAGUAUUAUAAUAGGUUUGGUUUAAUCCAGGACCACUGUACACUACGUAUAUUAGUUUCAAUACAUGUAUUUUAAUAUUCUGCCCGUUUACAACAUACCUGCUGCACAUUGGUGACAUUAUGCAGUUUGCUAUACGCAAAAGAGACUUUAAACAGCAACAGCUUGUGAGAAAGCUACAGCAACAGUAAAAUAUUUUUUCAUUAUAGCUAUCACGGGGCUGGACAGUAAUUAGAUAUCAAUAUAUAUAUAUAUAUAUAUUGUGAUAGAAAAUAUUACUUUAACAGAUAUAUGCUUUAUAAUGCAUUUUUCAAUAUUUUAAUAUCACUCAGAACCCAACAGGUACAUGUCAUGAGUGUCAUGACAUGUAUCUUAUCUAACCACUGACCUGCCAUCAACUAUAAGCAAGUAAUCCAGCUCUGAACAAGCUAAACAGUUAUCAUGACUGUAAACAUGAUUCAAGCCUAAUGCUGGCUGUUAUAAUUACAGUAACAGUAUGCUACCCGCACAGUAACAUCACAGCUAACAUCACAUUUUUAGCAUGUGUCUAAUCUACCAUUCUAUUUGUUAAAACACAAGUUCAAAGUAAGGUACAGACAUGAUGCACAUUUACUAACAAACAACAGCAAAACCCUUUCUAAAAACUGCACUGCCAUCAACCUGUCAUCAACUAUCAGCGAGUAAUCCAGCUAAAAAAAACAGCAUCUCAGCUAACUCACACACAGGCUGCUGUGUCUGUUAGCAACACAGUUUUAAUAUUCACACACUAUUCAUAGUAAAAGUUACCUUUUUGUGACUUUUUUGCCAAGCCUAUUAUGAGGGUGUCAUUAAUUAUUCUCAUAAAAAAAAUAAAGUCAAAAUACAAUAAUUAUUUUUAAUAACUAACUUAAACUUCAUGUUUUUACGACUGCUUUUUUGAGCACUUAGCCGAGCUGCCACUGCUGCUUACAGGCCAUUACAUGGUACAAACUACUGUUGAUGUCAUCUACACUUACGCUAAAACCAACAAUGUUUAAAUGAAAUCUCUCGUUGAAAAAGCUCGUACAGUUUGCUCUGCUUGCUCUUUGCUCUGUUGGUGACUGACUUGAUCUAUGGUGUGUUCGGACGGUCUCUGCUAACUCAGUCAAUUAUAAACAUAACUACAGCUAUAUAUAUAUUUUAAAUGACUGAUAAAAUCUGAUAUUGCAUAAAAACUUGCAUUCAAACAGCAGUCAGUGGCCUGUCUUACUAUUAAUAAAUUCAACAACUUCUAAAAUCAGUGAACCUUCUUUUUGACUCAUGGACUUUUGGUACAUAAUGAGAAACUCUUAUUUUUCAAUGUAGCUGAGCAUUUACAAAAACAGGGAUCAACAUGCCAAUGAAAAUAAUAACUACAUUUAAAUAUUUUAAAUUAAAGGCAUUAAAAUAACAGUGAAUAAAAUAUGAAAAUAGAUCAAAACAAUAAAAAAUAAAAAUAGAAAGGAAACUAAUUAAUCAAACAAGUUAAAACAAAAUAGUUAAUAACAAAACUAUUAAGAAAACAAUAAUAAAUAAUACAAUUAAAAAAGGAAAUAAAAACAAAGAGAAGGACUAAAACUAGAAAUAAAAGCUUAGAAUAAAUAAGACUUUCAUAAUAACUUAUAUAAUAAGAAUACCACAGUGACUCAAUGUGCUCUAUCAAAAUGUUGAGGGGAAGUUAAAGGGUUAAUGGCAUUUUAGCCCAUGUGAUGAAGGAAUGAUAAUUAUUAGAUAGUAGAAGUGAAAAGCCUAACAGCUUGUACUUUCCAAGAGGCUUUUCCCCCUGUAAUAUUUACAUAGGUGACUAUAUCCAAGAUACCUCUCCCAUCGGAUAGGUCUUCAGGAGAUGGACUUAAGGCUUUAUUUGUUAUAUUAUAUAAAAAAGCAUUAAAAGCCUGUUUUUCUUUACUAAAAGAGACACUAUAAAGCAGAAUGCUACAGGGUAUAUUACAGUAUAUUCAGUAUAUAUCUCAGUCCUUCAGAAUGGGCAGGAGAUGUUUAUUUUACCAGCAUUAGCUUAGUGCUAACCCUGUGAGAUACUCCAUAGAGUCUCUAGAGGGAAUUUGUAUUUGUAAUUUUUUAUAGCCAAAAACUAAAAGCCUUGAUUUGUUAUGUCAAUUUGUAAAGCUGUUGGUCUAUAAAACUGAAAGUUUUGAGUUUUCUAGGACCAUCCGAAUGCACCAUUACCUUACCUGCAUCUUACCUUUAGAAUCACUCCUAUGGCCUCCUAUUUGUAUGAGCUCCAGUAGCGCCACCUAGUGUCCUGGAGGAUUGUGACUUGUCACUGUCUUGCUAUAGCACUGCCAAACUCUACACAGGAGGGGUGAAAUCCCUCCAGCUGUAAAUAUCUGUACAUAAACAACCCUUUGACUUUAACUCUAGCUGUGAAUGCACUGUAGACUCUCUGUACAUAAUGAAACGCUGCCUUGCCUGCAUUUGUUACGCCAGCAUCUCCAGUCUUUGUCAUAUAGUGUUUUAGAGACACAUUUUGUAGUACCUGGAAAAGCAUUUCCUGUUCUCUUUCUCUGCAUGUUGAUAAUAAACUUUAUUUAUAAUA